AAUGGUAUGCAAUGGUAUGCAAUGGCAUGCAAUGGUAUGCAAUGGUAUGCAAUGGGAUGCAAUGGUAUGCAAUGGUAUGCAAUGGUCUGCAAUGGUAUGCAAUGGUAUGCAAUGGUAUGCAAUGGUAUGCAAUGGCAUGCAAUGGUAUGCAAUGGUAUGCAAUGGGAUGCAAUGGUAUGCAAUGGUAUGCAAUGGUCUGCAAUGCGAUGUGAGCAGCAACCACUUCAGCGCUCUCUCCCUGCGUCCAUCAGCCUCCUCACAUCUCUGCAGCACCUGAGCAUCUCUGGCUCGGGGCUGACCUGCCCUGCAGACGGCAGCAAGUGUGUGGUGCAGCAGAGCAACGCCACCAGCUUCUGCCCGCCUCUGCUUCUCCUUCUGCUCCUCCUGCACGCCCCACACGUAUUCGACGACGGCUCCAUUAGAGCACCUGAUGGCUCACGAUCUGAGUCUAAUGGAAGACUGACCGUGAGCUGCUCAUGACAUGAAUGCAUUGCGCCCAUGCACAAGUGUGCCCACCAUCUGCCACCAUCCGUGAAUGAAAUCCACUGUGUUGAUUGUGUAACUGCCUUGAGGUCUGACACAAUGAGAUCUGACACUGCUUACCUGCCUUGCUGAGAUUGCUGCACUCACCCCUUGGCCCACAGACUCCAGUGCCAGCACCCACAGCAGCACCGGCAUCCUCCUCUCAGGAACCACCUGGUCUCGCCCAGACUGCCAUCAGUCUUGCUGCUGCUGCCAUCAGUCUCCUUGCUGCUGCUGCUGCUGUUGCUGCUAUCUCACUCUUGGCUAAGAGGACGCGAGGCUUGAAAUUGAGGAAGUUUUAGCUGAUAGGUAGGGGCUAGGUCUCAGAAUAAUGCAUUGACUAGAAUGGAGGGUACAGGGUGACUUUGUGCUAGUGAGUUGUACUCUCUAAGAGCAUCCACCUAUCUAGCCAAUAAUAGCAUAUGCAUAUA